UGUUACCCUGCCCACCCAUUGAGUUCUAGGUUAGAUGUACUAUGAAUGAAAAAUAAUCUUAUCUGAUCAUAAGGGCGAUUAUAUUACGUCAGCUUGGAAGCUUCACUUCAUUGUCUUAAAGGCGCCCUUGGAGUAUGCAAUGAAAGGCAGGAUCCGCCCUUUGGCUUUGGAUUCCACCCAGGGCCUUAAUAUAUCUAUUUUACUACAACUCAUUGACACUCAUCAAUGGCAGUUUUCCAUGGAUGGACAAAGAGAUAAUUAAUAGGAUUUCUGAAGGAAGAUAUUGUUUGAUCCAAUAAAAACAAACUUGAAUAUGAAGACAAGAAAGACCUCAACAUACAUCCAGGAGUCUAGGCACUUUGGCUCUUUAUAGGAAAGAUUGCAUUUUGCAUUGUGAAGUAGAAAUUCAAUCAAGUUGAAGCACUCGCUUUGAAGGAGAUAUAUAAUAAUUAAUACUCUCUCUCUCUCUCCAUAAAUAUAAAUAUAUAUAUAUGAUAUGGUUAUAUACACACAUGUAGAUAUAUAUAUAUAUAUAUAUAUUAAUGGAUGUUUUUGCUUUCUCUAAGUAAAAAUAGAAAAGUUAUAGUUACCUGUACAUUAAUUGACAUAAAAUGGUUUCCCGGAAUACCAGAGAAAUCACGCGGCUGUCUUUGAUCGUCGGCUCCCCCUCUUGUUACCAUCUUGUUUGUUUUUUUUUUUUUUUUUUUCUUCUUCUCUCUGAAAGUUGGCUCAAAUUUUCUUGAGAAAAUCGCCGGGAAAAUGACGACGUACGGCACGAUCCCCACGUCAGCCCCACCAGGACCAUAUUCGAACCUGGAGUUCAUUUCCCGAGUCAAGGACCACAUUCAAUGGGGCCUCGCCCAGCGGCGACCGUGGAAGCACAUGAUAUCGCCGCCUGCGAUCUCUCUCCCCAGCAGCGCCGCCGAAGCCGGCGGCCGUAUCCGUCAGAACAUCGCCUACUUCCGGGCGAACUACGCCAUCGUGGUGCUCUUCGCGCUCUUCGUGAGCCUCCUGUGGCGGCCUGUCUCCCUGAUCGUCUUCACGGCCACAAUGUCGGCCUGGCUCUUCCUCUACUUCCUCCGCGACGAUCCGGUCGUCGUCUUGAGCUUUACGGUGGACGAUCGCGUGAUCCUGAUAGGGCUGUUGGUGGUGACGGUUGGUUUGUUGCUGUUGACGCACGCGACGAUGGACAUAGUGGUGGGGCUGGUGAGCGGGGCGGCAGCGGUGUUGAUCCACGGCGUGAUGAGGCGGACGGACGAUCUGGGGGACGAGGAGGAGGAAGGAGGGGUGGGAUCCGUUGUGGCGUCGCGCAGGGUGCUUAUGAAGGAGGCUGCCUCUUCUUCCUUUUCUUAUUCUUCUUCUUCUUCUCCUUAGAAUUAUUAAUUUAUUAAUUUAGAGCCAUUAGAGGAUUCUCACCUGUGAUGUGGGCUGCUUAUUGGCUAUUCAAAGCCCAAUCUCGUACGGCCCAAUAAGCAUCCAUCAACACACACUUCAUUCAAUGGGUCCCACCCCCAUCAACAUCUCUGGUCAAACCUCUUUGACCAUCCAACCUCUAUGCAACCCAACAUUCCUCUGUCCUCUGACGCUCACAUACUUUCAUGUUUAUAUAAAAUGUUUUUUAUAUAUAUUUUAAAUAUUUAAAUUAUGCUCUUUGUCCCAAGCAUUUGUUUGUGGGAAUGGGACUUUUUUGUUUUUAUAUUUAAGUGAUGGCUUAGUGGCAUGAGCUUUGAAUUUUUUGUUUUUCAUUACAAAAAUUUGUAAUUAUUAAUUUAUGGGUAUGUACUGCAUAAAUUUGUUACGCAAGU